AAACUCACAGCAGGAAAAAAAGACAGAAUGCCAAGGGAAAAAGAAAAGAGAAAGCUCCAAAAAGCAACCGCUACCUAUCUCUCUUUCUUUCACUUAAGGAAGAAAAACGAAGGGAAAAAAUAAAAGAAAAGAGUAAAGGUUUUAAAAAAAGACAAAUAGGAAAGCAAAAAAGAAGGAUUAAUUGAUAGCUGCAAAGUUAAAUCUCUCUUCUUCUUAUGUGUUGUUGAGAUACAAAUCGUGUUCAAGAUAUUAGAGUUUCUCUCUUGUGUCUUGAGAUAUAAAUCUUGAUCAAUGCCUAUGGCUGUUCAUUAGAUCUUCAAGAUCACUUCUUCUUUUAAGGUAGAGCAAUGAUAUGAAAAUGAAUCAUAUUCAUACUAUGCUACAUUGAUAUUCUAUGUAAUGAAGAGUAGUGCUGCUUGGGAGGAGAAAAUCAAAUGGAGAGUGGUACAAGCAGCAGAAAUGAUAGGAAUGCAGCAAUACUCAAGGACCCCUCAUGGUUUAGCCAAUUCAGAAAUGGCUGCAAUCCUUGGAUGGCUAGAUUUGCUUAUGCUUUGAUCUUUCUCUCUGCCAAUCUCCUAGCUUGGGCUGCUCGAGACUAUGGCCAUGGUGCUUUAUCAGAAAUGGAAAGACUGAGAGUAUGUGCUGGUAAAUCUGACUGUUUGGGUGCCGAAGGUGUCCUGCGCGUAAGCUUGGGAUGCUUUGUGUUUUUCAUGAUAAUGUUUCUUUCAACUGUUGGUACCUCAAAGUUUCAUGAUCCAAGAGAUUCAUGGCAUUCUGGAUGGUGGGGUCCUAAAAUCGUCCUGUGGAUUGCAUUGACGAUCAUGACAUUCUUGGUUCCUUCUGCAUUUAUUCGGCUUUAUGGAGAGAUUGCGCAUUUUGGUGCCGGGGUCUUUCUCUUGAUUCAGCUAAUAAGUAUAAUCAGUUUCAUUACAUGGUUGAAUGACUGUUGUCUAUCUGAGAAAUAUGCAGAAAGAUGCCACAUCCAUGCAAUGCUAAUUGCAACAGUUGCAUAUGUUGUAUGCAUAGUGGGGAUCAUCAUGAUGUAUAUCUGGUAUACACCAGAGACAUCUUGCCUCCUUAACAUUUUCUUCAUUACUUGGACACUUGUGCUCCUACAAGUCAUCACCAGCGUCUCUCUUCAUCCAAAGGUGAAUGCUGGCUUCUUGACUCCAGGGCUCAUGGGUCUUUAUGUGGUGUUCCUUUGCUGGUGUGCCAUAAGAAGUGAACCGGCAGGUGAAAGUUGCAACAGGAAAGCUGAAGCUUCAAAGAGAACAGACUGGCUUACCAUAAUAAGCUUUGUUGUUGCACUACUUGCAAUUGUUAUUGCAACAUUUUCAACGGGUAUUGACUCGCAAUGCUUCCAGUUCAGGAAGGGUGAAAAGGAAGCUGAGGAUGAUGUCCCAUAUGGUUAUGGCUUCUUCCACUUUGUUUUUGCCACAGGAGCAAUGUACUUCGCGAUGCUAUUGAUCGGUUGGAACACUCAUCACGCCAUUAAGAAGUGGACAAUUGAUGUGGGCUGGACAAGCACAUGGGUCAGAGUAGUUAAUGAAUGGCUAGCAGUUUGUGUAUACUUGUGGAUGCUGGUGGCUCCAAUCAUCCUGAAGUGCAGACAAAAUGCACAAUCUACUUGAGACAUUCUAUUCUGGAAUCUCCAAAUCAUUUUGCGAUAGCAUCUACCAGUUGUUGUUGUGUACAAGGUGGUCAAAACAGUUGCAGACAGAAGACAAUUGAAAGACUUGAGGCUGGAGGAAAAGAAAAAACACGAUACAUGUGCUGAUCAUUUUCUGCAUUCUUUUUUGAUGUUACAAACCUAUCCUCUGAUUAACCACAAAGGGGGCAAAAGAAAAAAGAAAAAAGAAAAGCAAAGAAGGAGGAUGAAUACAAUUUAGUCUACUUGGAAAUGCAAAUUGAUAUCUGUAUAUGUGCUCAAAUCUUAGUAGAGAACGAGACUAUAAUUGUUAAUAGCUUUCCUAUUAUUAAUUAUGGCAUCUGAUGAUGGAAGUUGAGAUGUCAUACCCCUAAUUAGUAAGAAAGAAAGGAAAUGCUUAUCAACUUUCCAGGUUUAACA